AAGAAGUGGAGGAUAUAUACCUUGUGGAUUUCACGCAGAAGAUCAUAGAUAGACACAAAGAAAUGGAGGCGUUUGGUGCCAGUAGAGAUUCUAGAAAGACAGGAGAACGAGACGAUGAUGAAGAAAAUCUUUCUGAAAAAGACAUACCUCCUCCCCAGGACCCCAGUGAAGAAUGGGUGGAUUAUGUGGAUUCUUUAGGGCGAUCCCGGCGCUGUAUGAAAAAGGAUUUGCCAGAUCUGCUGGAGAUGGAUGAAAAUCUUCAGGGGAGGCUUUUUGUUAGUCCUGCUAAUGAAAACACCUUACUCUCUGAAGAUAUGAGAAAAGAACUUCAGCGCCAGCAGUGGGAGGAAGAAGAAAGGGAGGCCCUGAAAAGGCCAGUGGGGCCCGUACAUUAUGAAGACAUUCGUGAAAACGAGGCCCGGCAACUUGGUGUUGGAUAUUUUGCCUUUGCCCAAGAUAAAGAGUUGAGAAACAAGCAAAUGAAAACUUUAGAGAUGCUACGCGAACAGACAACAGAUCAGAGAACAAAAUGAGAAAAAAAUAAAGGAAAAACGAAAGGCUAUGUUAGAAGCAAGACUUGCUCAACUCCGACAAAAAAAGUUGAAGAAGUCAAAAGAAGCCGGAGCAGAGGAGGAAAACAGAGAUGGAGGUGUUCUUGGGCCUGUGCCUCCAGAACCAGAGGCCGUGCCAACUCUGCAGACUGCUACCCAGAGUAGCAAAGUAGAA